GACAAGACAGAUCAAAGAGAUAUUGUAGCGGCUAAGGGAGAACAGAAGAAAAACCAUUAGUUAAAUUGAAAGCUGUGAAACUGGUUCAGAAAUGGCUUGCAGAACCAUGCUCCGUUCCGUUUUCUUAACGGAACCGUGGCGACCCGUUCACUCCAAUCGAGUUUCCGUUUUCCCUCCGUUAUGCACCCGUGGAUCCUCGUCGAGCCGGAGAUUGAAUUGCGAGUGUCGGAUCGCUAGGGCUCGAAGAACUCUGGUGAGUUGCUCCAAUGGCGAGACUCCAUCUUCUCAGGACGAUCAAGGUCCUCCUCAAGAGGCUGUUCUCAAGGCCAUUUCAGAAGUGUCGAAGACAGAAGGGAGAGUCGGACAAACAACGAAUGUGGUUAUUGGAGGUACAGUAACUGAUGAUUCUACCAACGAGUGGCUAGCUUUGGAUCAGAAGGUAAACUCAUACCCAACAGUUAGAGGGUUUACUGCAAUUGGAACUGGAGGUGACGAUUUUGUGCAAGCUAUGGUUGUUGCUGUUGAAUCUGUACUUCAACAUCCAAUACCUGAGGGCCAUGUCAAGCAGAAACUAUCAUCAAGAGGCAAAUAUGUAUCAGUAAAUAUUGGACCGGUUCGAGUCAUUUCCAGUGAGCAGGUUCAAGCUGUAUACAACGCCAUGAGGAGAGAUGAUCGGAUGAAAUACUUUUUGUAGUGUGAUUUUCACUUUUAUUUUGUAUAGAAUGCUAAUUAUCUGGGGCAUUAUAGGUGCCCUUGCUCCUCCCCAAUUUCCUUCACUCUUUUUUGCACCCAGUUUAGUCUAAUUUAAUAUUCUUUGAUCAACCCAUGAAGUCAUUCUAGACUAUAAGGAAUCAUAGUCCAAGAUUAAUCCAUUCAAUAUCUGCUCAAAAUGAAUUCUAUAUUUAAUUCCCUAGGUGUUGACCACAUAGAAAGAAAGGGACUAAUAAGUGUAUUGACAAUUCCUCAAUCCAUCCAAGUGGAUGUAUUUCAGAGCAUGUAACACUCACUAGUUGAUUCUUGAGUCAUUUGCUCGUUCAAACAGUGCCAUGGAAACCAAAAGCCCAAGCAAAUUGUCAACGUCUUGACUUGAUGCCAUUGGAGUUGAUACCAGAGCAAAGCACACAAGAAGAUGGUCCCAUGCCAUGCAAGAAAACACACUGCAGACUUCCCCUAAGGUAGCCAUCUAUUUACCUGCUCCUUUUAUUGUGUUUCUGAGUUGCAGCAGUCACUGAUCUCUAUCUGCUUUUGUUUGUAUAUUGGCUUCAAAAACCUUACAUCCUUCGUCUUCUACUCUGCAUAAUCUCUAGACUUGUAGUUUUGAACUUAUGCAUAAACAGGGGCCAUUAAGCAUUCCUAUUGCCAU